CACUUACCUACACGCCUCUCAAAGCACUUCACGGUCUCGGAUCUCGUACAGAUAUCAUCACAAUGGUUGCUACCAAGUCUGUCCUGAGCGCUGUCGCUCUCGCUGGCGUUGCUGCCGCCGAAACCAUCGACGUCAUGGUCGGCCAGGGCGGCCUCAAGUUCAUCCCAGACAACAUCAAGGCCAAGUCCGGAGAUGAGGUCGUCUUCCACUUCGUCAUGGGCCACCACGACGUUACCUUGGGCAGAUACGACAGCCCAUGCAUGCCAAUCCAGGGAGAGAGCAUCUGGUCCGGUGUGGUCGACACCGUCGAGAAGGGCAAGGGCGUCACCUUCACCGUCCCAAUCCACGACGACAAGACCAAAUGGAUCUACUGCUCCGUCGCUAAGCACUGCCAGAACGGAAUGAGUCUCGUCAUCAACGAGCCAUCCUCUGGAGACAACCAGGCCGACUACAAGGACCGAGCUAAGAUCGUUCCCCAGAGCGGUUCGCCAACCCAGGUCAAGGGAGGCACCCUCGGUGGCUCUGGUGGCUCUGGUGGCUCUUCUUCUUCUGCCUCUUCUUCUGGCUCCUCUUCCGGCACUACCUCUGCUCCAACUGCUACUGGAGGCCACUCCAGCUCUCACCCAAGCUCUACCUCCGGUUCUGGCUCCAGCAACACCCAGAGUAUCCCAGAUGCCACCCUCGUUCCCAGCGGAAGCAUCCCCAGCGCUACCGGCUCUGGAAGCCACAGCAGCACCCCAACUGCCUCCCCCGGUGCCGCUGCCGGUCUCAAGGGCAGCGCUGUCCUCGCUGGCGUGGUUGCUCUCGGUGCCUGGAUUGGCCUCUUGUAAACUGAAUAUGGUGAUAAAACGAUGAUUCCCCUUCUUGUAUAUUGACCUUGCUGUUAUGACGUUGCUUUUCCUGUCUUCAUUCCGAUAUCCUGCCUUAAGUCGUUGUCCUUGAUGGCCAAAGAAUAAAAAGGAAUUAAUUAGAAUGCAAUGAAACCUUACACUCCAUGCAUCCACCCGGCUCUUGGAGUAGAAUAAAGAACCAUCUCGUCUGUUCCAUCUGGGUAUUGAUUCAAGGUAGACAGAUCUGCUCUAUUCGCGGAUAAUCGAAUCAUACUAGCGGAAGGAGAGGCUGUGUAUGUAUCUUUGAUCUCAACUUUAGAUGAAUAGAAAUCACCACAUUGAGCCGAGAGUUUUCAACCGGUCUUUAGACGUGAUUUACCAGCCGCUCGUCUCGCUUUCAGGUUUUACGGGACGAAAUAUGAUGCCUGUCCAUUGUCUUUGCGGUGGUGGAGAGUUUCCACGAAUCACCUGGUUCUUUAGGUAUACAUCAUGAAAUAUCUCGAAGGCCUGAGGAAAAGGUAGCUCUAGGCUUUCAGCCCUUGUAGUGUUAGCAUUCUCAUUAUCCCCAAAUAUUGUUGGCUAUGUUGUCCAUCUCCC